GGAAGAAGAAAGAUACUGUGGGCCAACAGCCCAAGACCAAACUUGCCUCCUGCCACAGCCCGGAGGCCACAGUGAAUUGGAACCUCUAGGAAAUGCUUCUUGAUCCUGCCCUCUCUGAAUCUUUGGAUUCCUUAGAACUCAGGGCUCUGUCCAUCCCAGAACCCCUGACAACUGUUCCGGGAGAUAUAGGUCUCCUACCUGUUUCCCCAACCCAUCCCAAGCACUCGAGGCCCAGAGAAAGGACACUUGCCCUGGACCCCCCUCUAAGCAUUGGCUCUCAGGGCUGAAGCUAGGCCCAGGGUGCCUUCAGGAUGCAGCCUUGUCCCUUAGGGGCUUAGUCAAAGCCUGUGUCGGCUCCCAGUGUGCACCACACCGGGGAAGGUCUCUGGCUGGUAGAGAGUCACGCCCCCUCAGCUGCCGAAGAGUGGCAGACCCCUCCCUGGCCAUCCCCCGAGGCGGGCUUUUCUGGAUGGCGCGGGCGUGCAGGCUCUGGGCUAGGAGCUCAGCGGCUGGGCUGGUGGGGAAGCCCCGGGCUGCGCGACCAGAGUAGCACUCAAACCACUCAAACGGCCCAGGUGGUGCAGACCGCCAUGGAGCCACUGCCCCUGGGACGCAUGGCGGAGGCUCUCUUGCUGCUGCUGCUGCUGCUGCUGCUGUUGCCUCCGCCGCUGCCCGCUGGCCAGGGCCAGGGCAUCACUCCUGGCAGGUGUGACUGUGCCAGUGACCCACAGAAGAGGUUUUGUUGCAGGGGCUGCCCAAAAGGACACUACAUGAAGGCCUCCUGCACAGAGCCCUGUGGCGACUCCACCUGCCUUCCCUGCCCUCAGGGCACUUUCUUAACCUGGGGAAACCACUUUAGGACUGACUGUACCCGCUGCCAAACCUGUGAUGAAGAGGCUUUCCAAGUGACCCUGAAGAACUGUUCAGCAGUGUCGGACACCCAGUGUGGCUGCCAGUCAGGCCGGCUUCUUGUCUGCUCCACCGAGCCAUGUAGGGAAAGUUCACCUUUUUCUUGCCACCCAUGCUCAGAUUGUACGGCUCCACCAACCCCUGGGGUUUCAGCAGAAUCCAUCCUGACACCUACAGGACAGCCUGCUGUGGCUGGAAGUGGAGUAGUAUUUUGGGUCCAGGUGCUUCUGGGGGCCUCAUUCCUGCUCGGGGCCACCCUGAUCUGUGCGUAUUGCCGAUGCCAGCCUUGCAGGCCUGUGGUUCCUGCAGACGCAGCUGGGAUGGAGACCCUGACCUCACCACAGACUACCCAUCUUUCAGCCUCAGACAGCGCCCACAGCCUCCUGGCACCCCAAGACAGUACUGGGAAAGUCUGUACCACUGUCCAGUUGGUAGGCAACAGCUGGAUUCCUGGUUUAUCCCAGACUCAGGAGAUGGCCUACAGCCAGGCUCCCCAGCCCUGGAAUCAGCUGCCAAACAGAACUCUUGGCCUUCCUCUGGCACCUCCGCUCUCGCCAGCGCCCCCUGCAGGCUCGCCGGCUGCUAUGCUCCAGCCUGGGCCGCAGCUCUAUGAUGUGAUGGACGCGGUCCCAGCAAGACGGUGGAAGGAGUUCGUGCGCACGCUGGGGCUACGGGAGGCGGAAAUUGAGGCCGUGGAGGUGGAGAUCUGCCGCUUCCGAGACCAGCAGUACGAGAUGCUCAAGCGCUGGCGCCAGCAGCAGCCUGCAGGCCUGGCUGCCAUUUAUGCGGCCCUGGAGCGCAUGGGGUUGGAAGGCUGUGCCGAGGACCUGCGCAGCCGCCUAGAGCAUGGUGGCCCGUGAUGUGAGGCCCACCAGCCACUUUGUCACUCUCGGGACCCUUGCAGGAGCCUUAAGUAUCGUUACUUAUGCGUGUAGACAUUUUAUGUCACUUACUGACCCCCUAGCACCGUUCCGGUCCUGCGUAGCAGCGCCGGGUGCUUCGCCCCUGCUUACCUGCCCCACGGAGCUCCAGCUAAGGGAAGCGUCGUGGAGAAAUACCAGGAGGGGCCGAGUGAUUGGUUGCACAGCUGUUUAUCAGCCCGAGUUUGGACUUGGUAUUAAAUAUUUUAAGUAGC